GGUGCCGUGGCUACAGCUCGGAUUGCACUUAAGCCCCUCUGUGGGGGUUGUGCUAUACCGAGUAUAAUUUGUCAGCGGAAGCUGGCGCUCAAAAUUAGGGUUAUCAUGUAAACAAGUGGUUUUAAGUGGUUCUUCGUUUGAUGCCCAAGUGUUGCGCCUCACCGUCGUCGUCGCGACUGCUAUAACGAGAUUAAGCGUGAGUCAUGCCUCGGACGGUGGCUCGCCCGCCGCGUUUUACGCCCCAGGAAUGGAACCUAGCCAACAACAUCAAGUUCCACAAUGCCGAAGCAAACUCAAACACGGCGGAGUCACUUAUGGCCGAGUGCAAUCGGCUGCGAGACGAGAUAGUGGUGCGCACUAAGCAAUCACAGGAUGAAGCGGACAAGCGUCUGGACCAGCGGCUGGACCAGUUGGAGUACUGGAAGUCCGAGCUGGAUGCCAAGCUGGCCGACGUGAAGCAGCACAUCGACAAGAUGGACGUGAUGAUGACGCGCGUCGCCAAGGCCGAAUGCGAUCUCCAAGACCCGCUGCAACGCGCCAAAGACUGCUUAGAGAUGAGGGAGUGCCGCCUCGGCAUCGACCGAGUGCACGACGAACCGGAGCGCGAGCUGAUCAAGGAGGUAGAAGUGAUUGAGGGCGUGCUGGAGAUGCUCUGCCGGUGCCGAGAGCAGGCCAAGGAGCAGCUGCGUCGCUUGCGGAAGGCCAAGUACCAGCUGGAGCGGGACAUCGAGCGGAAGCAGGCGGCGCUGGACAUCGACCGCAGCAUGCGCGACCUCAGCCUGGAGUCGGCUGGCAUGGAGCUGAUCGCCGGCGACGUCAAGAUCGACACAGAGGGUCUGACGGUGGACUCGUGGCUGGAGAACGCGGCCGACCUGCUGGCGUUCGCCACGCGCGAGGUGGACAUCGCGCGCGUGCUGGAGGCCAGCUUGGAGGCGAUGCUGAAGCAGUCCGAGUGCGACACGCGGCUGCAGGUGGAGCGCACCAACCGGGCGCUGGAUCACCGCGUGCACGAGACGCGCACCGCCAAGACGACCCUCGAGGACAAGCUGUCCAUGGUGCGGGAGCACAUCGCGGCCGUGGAGCGGACCAUUGGCGAGCUGGACCUGGCCAUCCGCAACCUGCGCACGCCGCUGGCCAAGGCGCAGACGCGGCUCAAGGGCCGCACCGAGCGGCCCUGCCCCGAGCUCACCAACGACCGCGCUCAGCGCCAGCUGGUGCACGAGGUCAAGGAGAUCCAGACCAACGCCGACCGGCUGCGCCGUGAGCUGGCCUCGGCCCAGGCGCAGCUCAGGAAUCUAGACCGUGAGCGUUUGAUCCUGGAGGAGGACAUCGAUGUCAAGACCAACUCGCUCAACAUUUGCGAGGGCCAGUGUCAAGUCCACCGGCAGUCGGUCAUCAUACCGCACUUCUAGGCGGCGCAAGCCCCACGCCGGCAGACUUGAAAGUCUCGACUACUGCGGCGGCGAGCCCGAUCGCCUCGCUGUGGAGCAUGCGCCGACUGAUCCCAGCGCGUACCACUGCCCUGGCCACGGCCGGCCCGACUCCCGGCGCCAACGGGGGCGUGACCACCCCUCCCUGGACCCACGAGGAGCCAGCGAAAUUGUCACUUGAUGUGCUAUGCGUCACGUUCUUUCAGCUGUUUCGUCGUCUCGUGGCACCGCUGUCCCCAGUCGAACCGAUCCUGUGGUCGGUAUUGCUUCCGUCCGACCUUAGAUCACAUGUACUGGCAUCUUGACUAGUGUGGAAUCCUGCGCAGGUGUCCUGGUGUCAACUUCUAACUCAACUGGGAUCGCGUGGUCUCGUGGGACAGGAUCUGCCUCGCUUGCACACCGGUCAUGCCUGCUAGCCUGCACGCGCACGCGGUUCGUGGUCAGAAGACGACACACAGUGCACUGACCUGUCACGCGCUCACUGCACGCGAACAGACCUCGCUCAAAAGAUGAAUCACAUUGUAUUGUUCGCUUUACCUCCGAUAUAUACAUACAAAUGUCAGCAAAAUAAAAUCGAUCGCCACUCACC